AAGAAAGAAAGGAAGGCUGGAGCACGGGAAAGAACAGCGAUAUCUGAGUGGUGGGACGCUUAGCAAGGUAGCACGCAUUUGAUUGAGACCGAGACAUUGUGGUCGUCUUCUCAUCGGCAUGAUGUCGAAAGCGACGGGGAGCGCGAAAGCGCUGACCUCGUUGAUGGACAUGAUGCAGGAUCAGGAGGCGCAGGCCAAGGCAGCGCGGAAUCCGCCAAACUUCUGGGACCCCAUCUCGUACGAAUAUGAGCAGCCCACUCCGCAGUGUCUUCUCAGGGCUAAACGAGACAUCAUGGAUAUCUACACCCAGCCUCCCCCUGGAGUUUUCAUUGCACCAGAGGAAGAAAACAUAACCAAGAUCCAUGCACUGGUUCUGGGCCCCUUUGACACCCCGUACGAGGGUGGAUUUUUCCACUUCAUUAUGAAGUGUCCAGCAGACUACCCAAUUCAGCCGCCACGGGUUCGGCUCAUGACCACUGAUGGAGGUCGGGUGCGCUUCAAUCCAAACCUCUACAACAACGGCAAAGUGUGCCUCAGCAUCCUCGGAACGUGGGUUGGACCUGCUUGGAGCCCUGCCCAGUGCAUAUCAAGCGUGCUGGUCUCCAUUCAGUCUCUAAUGACCGAGAAUCCAUACUACAAUGAGCCUGGCUAUGAAACGGAAAGAUGGCCGGGCGAGGCAGCUCGGUACAACACCAUCAUACAGCAUGAGACAAUCCGGGUGGCCGUCUGCAACACCGUCGAAGCCUGCCUCCAGGGCAAUUCUCCAUGCCCAGCACCUCUGAGGGAAGUGAUCUUGAAGUCUUUCCCUGACUUUUACAACACCUACGAGAACGUGGUGAAGAACCAUCUGCACUUGUCUGGCUCCCCCAUGAACGAUCCGUUUGGCGACAAGAGAGGUGUCUACCAGUUCUCAACGCUGCUGACACGACUGCAGAGCUUAAACGAGCAGAUCAAGGAGAAAAACGAAGCUGCCAACAAGAAGGAGAAGAAGGAGAAAAAGAAGUGAUUGCUUUGUGUGAGGCCCUUGAUGCACUGAGUUGUCCACAGACAAACUCGGUACUUUUUUUAAGCCUCUGUGGCUGAAAUAAGGGGUUUUCUGUCUUUUUUUUUAUUUUUGUUUCUUGGCAAGUAAAAGCUUUACAUUUAAUGGCUCUGUAAUAUGGUCGUCGAAGACAAAGUACACAGUUCACUUGUACUGCUCGUGAUAUUUCUGUACACGGUGCGGCCACUUCCGUAAUAGUGUGAAGUGUUGUGCUAGUCUGUUGGAUUUAAAAAAAAAAAUUAUUGUUGUCGGCGAGUGAUAUCGGGCAGGCGUUAAGGGCGUUGAGUGUGGCAGUGCAUCGAAAGCAUCUGCCAGGCUUGCUCACAUUGUUCACAGUGAAAACAUGGUGUUUCCUGUGAGCUAACAGACCCUCUUUUUCAUCGUGUCGUUUUUCGUUUGUAGCCGGGCCUUUUGUGCUUAGCUUCUGCCCCUGUUAGGUACUGUUUGCGGCGUUUCAUGAAUGUUUGUACCGAGGCAAAAGCAAUACAGUUUCUUUGCCAGAGGGAAUCCCUCUGCUGAAUGAUGGACCAUUUAUCUUGAUGCAUUUGGCUUUAAUUUUUUUUAGCUUUGAUUUCUGAACGAAUUCUGCGGGCUUAAUAAAACGAAAGUUGGGGGCAACUUUCUUGGUAAACUGAAUAUCGCACCGGCAGCGAGGUUUACAAGGUAGCAUUUUUGUAGGGCCAGAGAUUGAUAGCUGCGUCAUCUAAGGCUCCCUUAGCCUUAACUAUGUGGAUUGGCUCUCUUAAGCACCAAGCCAGUAGUGCUGCGUUGCCCAGAUUUUAAGGUUGUUCACCCGUGCCCCAUGUGAUGCAAGGGCAGAAAAAGCUGGCAAACGAUGUUCACUACAUUCACUACUGCAGUUACCACCAUUCCAGAAAGUCGAGAAAUGCCGGCUUGAUAACUAGGAAGGUUGCAUUCGAUUCUUUGUGGUUGGGGUCUUUAAGACAUCUCAUCGACUGCCAAGUUUUCUUGUGGAAGUACAUCGCAACCACCAUGUGUUUAUAUAAUUCCUUGUGUCUAGUCCCUAGCUGGUGUGUGCCACUCCCUGUUCGUGUAUUAUUUGUUCAGACAUUAACUGCACAUGUUAAACUUAUCACUCCAUUUUUUCCAGUUUUUUUUUUGUGUGUGUGUUCUUAGGGAGGAAGUUGUCUCGUGCAUAGUCGUGGCAUCACAGCCCAGAACUUGUAUGGUAGCGAGGCACACAAGUUGUGAGUGAAAAGGGUGUCCACAUGUUCCAAAAAUAUUCAGCCCACCUCAGCUUUGGCUGGCAGGUGCCAUUUCAUACCUUUCUAUUGCUACCAAAGGGAGUAAAACUCCGGGGUUUUUUAUGCCAAAGCACCAAUGUGACUAUAAGGUUCUUUGUACUAGAGAACUCUUUACCCAGUUUGUACCACAUAGGAACCUUUAUAAGGGGUUUAAACCUAAGUAAAUGCACAUAUUUUAAGUUAAUUCAAUCCCUGCACCAGAGCUGCAAAAUGAGCGCAAAUUGGCGAGUAGGGGCGUAGGAAUGGCAAAUCUAUUUUCCAAGACGAAGUCAAAUGUAAUAGUAGUGCCAGAACCGAAUCUGAUAGUUUUUGAGUGCUUAACAGCUUUGUUUGCAUCUGCCUAAAGCAUUCUCACAUUCUAUUGUUCAUUAUUUUAACAAUAGAAUGGGGGAAGAUUGCAAAUGACCAUUGCAUAGCUUGAAAGUAUAGGCUAUUCGCUUGGCGUAAGCUGUUGUUCUUACACAAUGCCGAUGUGCAUAAAGUUCAUCACAUUUUACGAAUUUGGUUUACUCAGAUGCUGUUGAGAUUUCGAAAUAUUUGUAAAGUAUGCAAAAUCAAAUCAUAUUCAUUAAAAUUGGUUAGGGCACUAUAUUUGAUUUCUUAUUCAACAUUCUUUUUUUUCUGAUACCUACACCCACUAUUUCUGGGUCAUCAUGGUGCCAUUUUAGCUAGUGCUGCUGGGCUGCUGCUUCUUGGAACAAGUGGCACUUUGUAUACUGUACAGUGAACUUUAGUGUAAGAGCAUAUUUGUUGUCUUUGCUGUUUUUGCGAGUUCCUUUUCAAGACAAAUAUGUGCCAAGAGGGCACAUUGCGUUUCAAAGCGCUGCACCGAACACAUCAAAUAUUUGCACAUGUAUGUGCAAUUUGGUUUUGUGUGAUGUAAUCGCUUUUGUCUCGCUUGUAUAGUAUUGCACUCAUAUGUAUCGGAGAUCUGAGUUGUUGAAGUUGACAUCAUAAAGAAUAAAGAUGGCAGAAUAAAGA